UGCAUAUGGUCGCGUUCAUCCCUUUUCCCCUUCAGAACGCACUGACUCACAGGGCACAGAAAGACCGCUCUGACCAUCAAGAUGAGCUGAUUAUUGAUACGUUUAGAAGGCGACAAUAAUAACACAUUGACAAUGUUUUCGUGGGGAGAGAACAGCCGUGAUGGCUUCGGUUUAGUAAAGUCGAAUGGUUUGGUAAAGGCGAACACGGAUAGUUGCCUAAAUGUCAUACUCACGAAAUCUCCAAUUGCGCAUCUGUCCGCGGGUAAUAAAGUGGUCGCGUUUAUCAGAAGUAAUGGGAAAGUGUCAUUCGCUUGCAGGAUGCACGAGUAUAAAGAUGGGAAAAGGGUCACAUGGAAACUGAAGGGUGUGGAGUGCAGGGAGAAGAUUCUGGCUCUGAGUUGCGGAGAUGCCCAUGUUGUUUUACUGUCUGAGGAGGGCAGAGUUUUUUGUCUUACCUCUGCCUCCAAUGUUCCCAGCCCAGUGGGUAACUUGAAUCAGGUAAUUCAGGUUGCAUGUGGAGACCACCAUUCCAUUGCACUAACCCAAGAUGGUAAAGUGUUCACGUGGGGCCAGAACUCCAGAGGACAGCUGGGUUUGGGGAAGGGAGAGCCCAGCACCUUGUCUCCCCAGCCCCUCAAGUCUCUGUCAGGUAUCCCCCUGGCUCAGAUCACCGCUGGGGGAGACCACAGCUUCGCCCUGUCCCUCUCUGGAGCCGUGUUCGGCUGGGGCAAGAACGGCGCCGGACAGCUGGGACUGGGGGACACAAUAGACAGACCUGCUCCAGCUCCUGUUGAUUGCCUGAAUCUAAAGAAGACCGUUGCUGUUUCCUGUGGAGGGGAGCAUACUGCUGUUCUGACAAAGGGAGGUUUAGUGUUCACAUUUGGCUCGGGUCGAUAUGGACAGCUUGGACACAACACUCUCAGAAAUGAACUACGACCUCGACUGGUGGCCGAACUCUGGGGGGCAAAGGUGACCCAGAUAGCCUGUGGAAGAAACCACACAUUGGCGUUUGUGGGCUCCUUCAAAAAGAUCUACUCAUUUGGGCGUGGAGAGCAAGGGCAGCUGGGAAAUGGAGUCAAGAUGGAUCAGUCUGUGCCUCUGCCAGUACAGCUACCACAGGACCACAUUGAUGACCAGCAAAUUGAACAAACCUUUGCUGGAGGAAACCAUUCUUUUGCCGUGUGCAGUUCCGCUAAGGAAUCAGGAAAAGGGAUGAAUGACUCCCGUGUUGAAAAAAUGAUUCAAACAUUAGACAAUGACGUCAUUGACAGAUGGAUCUUGCAAUGCGACUCAAAAUCAUGGGAGAAAAUACAGAAGGAAAUCACAGAAACGUUCUCUUCUGCAUCAUGUUUAAAUGGGAGCUUCCUGGACAAAAGUUGUGACAAACACUACCAAACCUCACUGAAGCACUCUGGCCUGGACUUGUCACUCGCCCGAAAGGCUUUUCAAAGGCUUGCAGAAAAGGACAAAGUUCUGGCUGAGGUUGAAGAUGUUGUCCAGCGCAUUCUCCUUCCCUCCCUGAGUAAGGAUCCCAUUGGGGUGGAGGGUCUGAGGGUGUACCUCAUCAUCCCUGAGCUCCUGAGGGUUCUCCUAAAACAACAACGUGGCAUAGACAUUACUGAGGCCUUCGCUGCUGCCAUCCUCAGACUGAACCCAGACAAGCUCCAGGUCCUUGAGGGCCUAUGGUCGACACUGUCACAUUCCUUCUUCCGAACCGUGGUGAAAACAUUCCAUUCCGUGUCAGCAGAGUACCUUCACCAGAUGGCAGUCAAACGAUGUGAUCAUAGAAAAUCAUUAAAGAAGACUUUUGGGGUUCUGAAAAGGCUUUAUGAUGCGAACAGCAAGAGACACAGAAGAAUCACAGUUGACACUUUCCAUAUCAACAAAAUCAGUUCUCUCUUUCAGGCUAAGCUGGUACAGGACUUAGAUUCAGAACUGAGAGAGCUGGUCUGGGAUAUCUCAGGAGAGGAUGACACAUAUUGGAUUGAAAGUGAGAUGAUAUUGAGCAAAAUAGAAUGUUAUAAGGAUAACAUAUUAUGCCUCCUGAAGGACUACCCCUGUAUCCUGGACACUGAAGCCAAAUGUACAGUGUGGAUGUAUGCAUUUGAUCAGAUCAAAGAUUGUCAUGAGGACAUCGAAUACGGUUGGUUUUGUGACGACACCCUAAAGGUGGCUCGGGAAACACUUCUGGAUGAUACCUUUCAGCAACUGCGAAAAAUGAUUUGCCACAUGGUGGCUUUAAAGGUGAAGUUUCAAGCUGAGAAUGGUGUGGAUGAAGGUGGUGUUUCACUGGAAUUCUUCAGCCUCCUGGGGAGGGAACUUCUCACAAUGGAACCAAAGACACUGGAGGUUUACGAGUCUGGACUAGCAUGGCUCACAACAGAUGACGGUGGUAUCACUGAUGAAUUCUACUUACUUGGGCUGCUCUGUGGGAAGGCACUGUAUAAUCAGUGUGUUCUGAACCUCUGCUUCCCUCUGGCUCUCUUCAAGAAGCUUCUGGGUCUGACUACAACAUUGGAUGACCUUAAAGAGCUGUCUCCAACUGAAGCAAGUGGCUUGCAGUAUGUGUUGGAUGAAGAUGAGGAGGUUGUUGAAGCGCUGGAUUUGGUUUUCAUGGACAAAGGGCAAGAACUGAUACCAAAUGGAGAGGAGCUCCCAGUUACCAUGGUCAACAGGAAGAAAUAUGUUGACUUGUAUGUUGACAUGAAGCUCAACAAGUCAGUGCAGAGCCAGUUUGCAGACUUUGAGAGAGGCUUCCACAAAGGCUGCCCUACACAGACAUGGAGGAUGUUUCUACCUGAGGAGCUGAUGACACUUCUACAAGGAGAUGACAACUACGAGUGGGACAAGUUGAGAGAGAAUGCCAAGUCUCAAGGAUAUAGGCCCACAGAUGACAUCAUCCAGAACUUCUGGAGGGUUUUCACAGAGUUCUCAGAGGAGGAAAAGAAGAAGUUCUUAACUUUUCUGACUGGAACGGACAGACUGCCCAGAGGACGAAGUCUCUCCAAACUGCAGAUGCAAAUCACGUCUUUGGGCAGCACUGACGCUGAUGAAUAUUAUCCGAAAGCACAAACCUGCUCUGUGACAUUAUGCCUCCCUAACUACAGCAGUAUCGACACACUACAGGAGAAGCUUCUCCAUGCUAUCACCCACUGUGAUGUGUUUGGAGAUGCUUGAAAUGGGAAGCAUGUUACUAGUAGCCUAGCAGUUUGUUUUUAUCUACGUCUGUCAGUAUUAUGAUUUUAUUUAGUCAAUGAAGCACAUUCAGAGCUAACACCUGAAAAUAUUCAGACAUUAAGAGCAGUCUUUAUAAAUAUAAACUUUCAUAAAUGCUUAAUGUUUUUUCCUGUGAAACCACUAUUAAUAGAAACAUUUACGCCUCCUCCGGACCCCUCGUAGCCUAAUGUGCUGUUGAUUGGUCAAAUAAUUAUGAACUAAAUGAAUGAAAGCCAAUCAUACUUUAAUGAUCAAACAGUGGAGUAAAUUGAGAGAAAUUGAGAGCUCUUUAUCUCUUUACAGAUUGGCUGUGGGUAUGAAUUCUUAGGAACCCUCUUUCAGAAAUGUUUGAAUUUUAGCUAACCUUAACCCUUUUUCUAUCCUUAACCUAAUUAUCCUGCUGCAUUAAUUAUCCUAAUUUGCUGUGUAAAUUCUCCUAAUCUCCUACGAAAAGUGAAAUUCUAGUCAAUUCUGACAUAAACUGUAGGAUAUUCCAUCUUGACAAAAAAAAACUUUUCCUGGUAGCUAAAGGUCCGAAGAUUCUGAGCAUGUGCGUAAUUCUCUACUUUACGCACAGCCUCUGCUACAGUUUGGCUGCCCAGAGAACAGGAUACUCCGGUGAAUGGUGCUUGUUUAAUAAAGUUAGAUCAAAGCUGAAUCAGUGUCUGCAGAAUGAAAUAUAAUAGCAUCAGGGCUGUAGCUACAUAAGAGGACAAAUGAAAAUAAGAUCAGCUUUAAUAUUGCUGAUAGAUUGAGGCUUCUGUCAAUGUAGUUGUCUGCAUCAUUUCCAAUCCCCCAUAUAUUUUGGGGGGUAAAUAUAUAUAUAUAUUAUUAUUUGUAUCCCUAAACGUACCACCCCUACCCUAAUUGGAGUAAACUAAUGGACAACAACACUUAGGCUUCUACUUCCAGUUUAUACAUACAAUAUACAUUUUAUGGAUACAGUAUAUUUUACAUUAGCUAUCUUUUGUUUGUUUUUAGUCCCAUCCUUCAGAUACCCUCAACCCCUCCUAUCUAUCUUUGAAGACCUCCCAGUUUGAUUUCUCUUGGCCAUUAUAUUUUUUUCAACUGUGCUGUGUAGGGCCUGAACUUAUUGUUGAGAGUUAGAAUAGUAGAAUACAUAUUCUGCAAUUGGCAGUUUUCCUCUUGUUAUAUGUCACUCAAUUAGCCCAUAUUAAUUCAUAUUUUACAGAUUGGUACAUUAGCUAUUUAAACUUGUACAUUUUAGAAGACACUCUUAUCCAGAGCAAUUAGAGUUAAGUAACUUGCUUAAGGGCACAUCAGCAGAUUUUUUACCUAGUCGGCUUAGGGAUUCAAUCCACCAUCUUUUCGGUUACCAGCACUUAGCAGCUAGGCUUCCUGCUACCAUGUAGUAAUCAUGGCCAAAUUACUGACCAGGCACACAGGGCACGUGCCCAGGGGGCCCCCAUUGAUUUGGUUAGUUGUUCUCACUCAGAUAUCAUGUUAACAUGACAUAAGUCAUGGUAAAAUGUGUAGAAUUGCAGGAAAUUAGCUGUGAAACUGCAAAAAAAUACAAGUUCUGUAAUGCAAAUGUAUUUGUUUACCUUUUGUUAAUAAAAUACUUUUUCUGCUUA